AUGAAUGACACCGCGAUGAAGUCUGAUUCCAAAAUUGGAACCAGCUCGAAGGAAUUGACUUUUGGUGUGGAUCGAAUAUUGUCGAAUGAAAUAUCUUCAAAAAAAUCAGGCUUGCUGAGGCCAAUUGCAGUUCAGUUUUAUCCACCUGUGCCACGAGCGUGCUCCGGAAGUUGUACAAAGUGCGAUGUUCUCCGCAGCUGUAUACAAUGUCCAUACUCACAAAACUCAAUGCAAGGCACAAUAACAAUUACGAAUUCUAAUCAAUUUCAUAAUUCACUCGAUGGCUAUGCGGGCAUCUAUCGACCUGGUCUUAUUCGACCAAUACCAAGACUUCCAAUGGUUACUACCUCAAGUGUAUCAAAUAUAAAAGACGGUGGUACUCGCAGAAAAAGGUCUUGGUCUAGAGCUGUAUUCAGUUCUUUACAAAGAAAAGGAUUAGAACGAAGAUUUUCCCUACAAAAAUAUAUAACGAAACCAGAUAGGCGACAACUAGCUGCUACUCUGGGUCUUACAGAUGCACAAGUGAAGGUUUGGUUUCAAAAUAGACGAAUGAAAUGGCGUCAUACGAAGGAAUGUGAAAGCACAGCAACACCAAAAGUCGAAACAAUACAAAAUAAAGUUUCCCAAAAAAAAUCAGCAAAAUCAGUUCUAAAGGAUUUUGUAAAGGCAAGCAGUGGUGCACGAGAAGAAGAAAUCGAGGUUGAAGUUGAUGUUUAAUUAAAUG